CUAUCAUCUCACCGUAUUUUCUGAAAGAAAAAAGACAAAGGGCUGGAAUCUCGAAGGCGGACUGAUGUAGCACGUGACUCCGCGCAACGGAUUGGUCGGGUUAGGGCUGUGGCCCUCACGGAUCUUCCGCACAAAUUAGCCUCGCUUAACCAUUACCUAUCUGCGAACCAUCCGACUUCGUUGUGUGCGUUGACCUAACCACAACGACAACAACCGCCGACAACAUACAUCCCAAGGGAGUAUCCUAGAGCAGCGCUCUUCUUUCGCUGGAUAUUUUCCUUUUGAACCGGUGAAAGCAGGAUGUCCGCCAUCGAGCCAGUCGUCGUCAUUGACGGCAAGGGACACCUCCUCGGUCGUCUGGCCAGCACUGUUGCCAAGCAGUUGCUCAAUGGCCAGAAGAUCGUCGUCGUGAGAUGUGAAGCCCUCAACAUCUCCGGCGAGUUCUUCCGCGCGAAGCUCAAGUACCACGCCUACCUUCGCAAGAUGACCCGUUUCAACCCCACUCGUGGAGGUCCCUUCCACUUCCGUGCUCCCUCUCGCAUCCUUUACAAGGCCGUCCGCGGAAUGAUUCCCCACAAGACCGCCCGCGGCGCCGCCGCUAUGGAGAGACUCAAGGUCUUCGAGGGUGUCCCUCCCCCCUACGACAAGAAGAAGCGCGUCGUUGUCCCCCAGGCUUUGCGUGUUCUCAGACUCAGACCCGGCCGCAAGUACUGCACCGUCGGUCGUCUCAGCCACGAGGUUGGCUGGAAGUACCAGGACGUUGUUGCCAGACUUGAGGAGCGCAGAAAGGUUAAGAGCAGUGCAUACUACGAGCGCAAGAAGGCCGCUAGACGCCAACUCACCCAGGCCCAGAAGUCGGCGGGUGUUGACGAGAAGACCAAGAGCCAGCUCACCCAGUACGGAUACUAGAUACCUCGUUGCGCGGCUGGUUGCUUGUGUCAGUGAUAGGAAUUGGUUGGGAUCGCGAGCGGUUUUCUUUCAGCGAAGUUGGACGGCAAGCGGAUCGACCUUUCUUUCACUUGUCCCUACCCCAUCAUGAAUACCACAAAUUUAUUAUGUUGUGACGGACAUGGAGGCUGGAGAGACCGAUUUCUUUUAACAAAAAUAAAAACGGAGUCGCAUGGGAUGGAAAGGUUGUUCAAAAUAGCUGACCGUUAUUCUCGCGCCGUG